AUGGAUCAGCUUGCCACUCAUAACAGGAUGUUAGAAAACCAAAUAGCUCAACAAGCAAGUUCUUCUAGCAAAGCACAAGGGAAAUUUCCAAGUCAACCAGAGAAUCCUAGAGAACAUUGCAAGGCAGUGAUCCUAAGGAGUGGGAAAAUUGUGGGAGAUGAAAAGAAAGAUGAAAAAGAAGAGAAAAAGAAGAAAAAAGAUGAAGACAAUAAUGAAUCUACUUCAAAUCAUGAUGAAGUUAAUGAGGAAGCAAACAAGAAGAAGGAAGCUGAAAAAAAGAAGAGGAAAAAUGCAAUUUCUCAAAUGCCCUUAUAUGCUAAGUUCCUGAAAGAAAUUUUGUCGAACAUGAGGAGACUAGAAGAUUAUGAAACAAUAGCAUUAACACAGGAGUGUGGUGCUCUCUUACAGAAUAAGCUCCCACCGAAGUUGAAGGAUCCACGAAGUUUCUCUUUUCCUUGUCACAUUGGGGAUACUAAUAUUAAUAAAGCAUUGUGUAAUCUUAGAGCUAGUGUAAGUUUGAUGCCACUCUCCAUUUGUGAAAAGUUGAAGGGUGGAGAAUUGAAGCCAACAACCAUUUCUUUGCAACUAGCUGAUAGAUCUAUUAAAUAUACAGUAGGAAUUUUGGAGAAUGUACCCUUAAAAGUUGGGAAAUUUUUCAUUCCUGUGGAUUUUGUGGUUCUUGAAAUGGAAGAGGAUAUUCACAUACCUAUCAUUUUAGGAAGGCCAUUCUUAUCCACAGCAGGGGCUAUAAUUGAUGUGAAGAAUGAUGUUAUUGAUGAGAUUGUGGAAGAAGAAUUUAGGAAAAGAUAUCCUGAAGACCCUUUGGUGAAUUAUUUGGUACAUAGUAAAAUAACAAAGGAAGAAAAUCCUGAAGUUGCAGCCUUUGCUCAAAUUUUGGAUGCUACUUAA